AUGUCACGAAACUCCCUAAGAUUCGUCAAAUUGAUUCGCUCUCUCUCCACCGAACCAUCUCGCCCCCAAAAAAUCGAACGCAUAGCCGAUGAGCUUUUCAGCCUCAACAGAUUCGAACGGCACGACUUCACCGUCCUAUGGAGACUCAAAAUGGGCCUAGACCGUUACGGUGCUCCGGUCGCCGGCGGCCUUGGUGCAUUGGGUUCGGCCGUGUCCGGCCCCGCCGCUGCAGAUGCAGCCGCUGCUCCUGCGGAGAAGACGGCUUUUGAUAUAAAGCUUGAGAAGUACGAUGCUGCUGCGAAGAUUAAGAUAAUUAAGGAGGUUAGGUCUUUUACUGAUUUAGGGUUGAAGGAAGCUAAGGAGUUGGUUGAGAAGUUUCCUUGUGUUUUGAAGAAGGGGGUUACUAAGGAAGAGGCUAGUUCUAUUAUGGAUAAGCUUAAGGAAUUGGGUGCUACGGUUGUACUUGAGUGA